AGUACUACUAGAUUUUUCUAUAAAACAGUAUUGCAAAUUCUUUUUUCAGCAGCUAGGAGUGUUUCAGUGUGCCGUUCAGAAUGCGUGGAACGAAACAAAUACGCCAUUGUGCGUGUUCAUCUCAGCGAGAAUUGGGCACGUGUCGGCAUCUGUCAAAAUAUGACCGAUCCUGUUGAAAAUGGACUCCGCUCGCGAGUCUUUCCAUUCAUCUGCGAUCGCAGCAUCGGCGAAUGGCAUUUUGAUGACAAUGAUUCGGAAGGGAUAGCAGAAUUCAAAGUUACGUGUCCGAAAGUGGUAAAGGUGCCAGCUCGAAUGAUGUACACUUGUCCUGGUUCUUUCACAUCCACUGAAGUGCCUUGA